CUCAAUUCCGGUCCUAGCUGAAACUUGAUCGCCUGGCUGCCUGUUAUCCGAUGCGGAGAAACCUAGGCGCCAGUCUCCAUCAGACGAGCUCAGCUCCCCUCCAUCCGGUCUCUAUCAUGGCCCAGACAGACAACGGGCCGAACCGAGGUUCAACUUGGCGGCGGUUUUGGCGUGAUGCACGUAAAACAACCUGCCCCCCUCCCGCCCUCUCCCACCUGGCCUGAACCACAGAUGCCGUGCUCUUGCAAAUGUCAAACAGACGGGUGUUUGCAUCCUGGUUCCGAGUCUACCAUUCGACGGGAGUUUAACCGUGCUCUUUCUCUGUCAGAUUGUAACGUUAGUUAAACUCGUGGGCUAUUGGUCCCCCUCAAACUACGGACUCUCUCGCCAGGCCACUGCAUCAUCGCAGCAACUCAGUUGGAGACAGACACUUUUGUUCAUUAUUGAGCCAUGGCGCAAGGUGAGAAGCAACGUACGGGCUACAGCCAGUUUGCUUGCAUCGGGAGCGGCUUCUCGGCCAUUGGUCUCGGGGCGACGCUGAAGCGAUGGUACGGCAUCACCGACGUCCGUUUCUUUGAACGCCACGAGCAGCUCGGCGGGACGUGGUUUGCCAACCAAUAUCCAGGCUGCGCCUGCGACGUCCCUAGCAUCCUGUACAGCUUCUCCUUUGCCCCCAACCCCAAAUGGACGCGGAUUCUCGCCUCGGCCCAGGAGCUGUGGGAGUACCUGUACAAGGUCGCCAAAGACUACGACCUACCCUCCAAAAUGACCUUUGGCGUCGAGGUCGUGCGCUGCGAAUGGAUCGAAAGCACCAAGCGCUGGCGGUUGGAGAUACGGAACCUCGAGGACGGAUCCGUCUUCUUCCACGAAUGUCAGUUCCUCUUCAGCGGCACCGGGAUCCUCGUCACGCCUCGUGAGCCCGACAUGCCCGGCAUCGACACGUUCAAGGGCCCCGUAUUCCACGCCGCGCGCUGGCGCAAGGAUGUCUCUCUCAAAGACAAGAACGUGGCCCUCAUCGGCAACGGGUGCACCGCGUCUCAGAUCGUGCCCAGGGUCGUCGGUGAGACACGCCACCUGACGCAGUACAUCCGGUCCAAGCAUUGGAUCAUCCCGCCCCUUGACGUGCCCAACACCAAGACCAUCAGCUGGCUCUUCCAGUACGUCCCCGGCCUCAUGGCCUUUGUGCGCUUCCUCGUCUUCCUCCACGCCGAGAACGACAUGCGCGGCUUCUUCAUGACCGGGGCGGGCGAGCGAUACCGCAAGAACAGCGAGCGCAACGCCACGCGGUAUAUCCGCAAAACCGCCCCGGAGCGCUACCAUGACCUGCUGAUCCCCGACUUUGAGAUUGGCUGCAAGAGGAGGAUCUUCGACCCUGGAUACUGCGAGGCGCUGCACGCGAAAAACCUCGACGUGCUCGACGACCCCAUCGAGGAGGUCCUCCCAGACGCGAUUCGCACCAAGGGCGGCAAGGUCACCAAGGCGGACGUCAUUGUCCUGGCCAACGGCUAUUCAACGAACCAGUUCAUGAGCGGCAUCGAGGUCGUGGGUAGGAACGGCGUGACGUUGGACAAGCACUGGGAGAAGUUUGACGGACCCGAGGCGUACAACUGCAUGGCUCUCAACGAGUUUCCAAACUUUUUCAUGAUUCUUGGUACGAUAUGUUUUUUCUUUCUUUCUUUCUUCGCCAACGCACAGCACCGCACCGCAUCCUCUUGAAUGUAGCGAGACACAGCUGACACCAAGAAAUCCAGGGCCAAACACCGCCACGGGGCACACAUCCACCAUCAUGGCCGCCGAAAACGGCAUCAACUACGCCCUCCGCAUCAUCAAGCCCGUCCUCGACGGCUACGCGGACGUCGUCGAAGUCAAGCCCGAGGCCGAGGAGCGCUACUCGCGCCAGAUGCAGGAGGACUUGCACAAGACGGUCUGGUUGGCGGGCUGCGUGAGCUGGUACAACGUGGCCGGCCGCAGCGGCAAGAAAUGGAACUCGAUGACCUACCCGCACUCGCAGGCGCACUACUGGUACAAGUGCCUGUUUCCGACGUACGAGGAUUGGAACUACACGAUGACCCCCGGCGCUGCGCGGCGAAAGUUCCUGCGGAGGGCUUUCAGGAUGGUUCUUUGGACGGGUGCUCUUGUGUCGGUGCUCGGCGUGGGUGCUGCUCUUCGCAACGGCCGCUUCGACCAGAACCGGUAUUUGCCUCAUGUGCUACAGGCAUAUCAGGCGGUGCGGACGCGCCUCCCAUUUUGAUGGACAGAAGGCGAUGUCCGCACCGAUCUGCAUUUCUCCAAUACAAACAUGAAGCAUCCAGAG